CACCAUUCCUCGAUGUCCAGGUGAUCUCUCGAGACCGCUGUCUUGACAUCCUUGCAGAUCCCUCGACACUCCCUUUCCACCGACUGUGCAUACACUCUCCGUCUGUCAAGGUGAGCCGUCCGCGACGUCCGGUAAUUGGCGGGACCGCCGUUUCGCUUGGCUUGACCCGAUCCGAAACCAUUCGUCACCUUUGACGCGCGCGUGUCAUCCGUUCCCUCGCUCGCUCUCUCUCUCUCUCCUAUCAACAUCCGUACCCGUCCCCUUUCAACACAUCCGAACGUCGAACCCCCUCUCUCUUCUCCUUCCACAAAUCCAUAGUCACACAUUCCACUCGGCCACUCGAUCGAAUCCUUUUCAGUUCUUGCAAUCAGGAUCAGUUCUACUUCUCUACACACCGCACAUCAUCUAUCCUACGGUCGAUUGAUCGGUACAGCAGAAUGGCUCAGGCCGAAGGUAACCCCGCUCACAGCAUCGUCUCCGCCAUGACUUCUGCUUCUGCCGGUCCUGGAGCCGGUACCCCUGGUACGGCUGCCACUGGGACCAGCACUCCCGCUGCCCAUACUAUCCAAACCCUCCGUAAGAAGCAAGCGGGCCACGCUGGCCCUCUCAAAAAGGUCCUCGUCGCCAACCGUGGAGAGAUUGCCAUUCGGGUGUUCCGAACCGCACACGAAUUGGCCAUGCAGACCGUCGCCAUCUACUCGAUCGAGGACAAGAUGACGGCUCACAGGCAAAAGGCCGACGAGGCUUAUCAGGUGGGGAAAGGGUUGACCCCCGUAGCCGCUUAUCUGGCGCAGGACGAUAUCAUUAGGAUCGCGCUCGAGCACGGGGUGGACAUGAUCCAUCCUGGUUACGGAUUCUUGUCCGAGAACCAUGAAUUCGCCCGCAAGGUCGAGGAAGCCGGGAUCGCUUUUAUUGGCCCUCGACCCGAAACCAUCGACGCUCUAGGAGACAAGACCAAAGCCCGUACGCUCGCCCAAAAGACCGGAGUGCCCGUCGUUCCCGGAACCCCUGGACCCGUCGCUAGCUACGACCUAGCCGAGGGUUUCAUCAAGGAGUAUGGGUUCCCGGUUAUCAUCAAGGCUGCGAUGGGAGGUGGUGGAAGGGGAAUGAGGGUCGUCAGGGAUCAGGCUACUUUCAAGGAGAAUUUCGAGAGGGCCGUCAGUGAGGCCAAGGCGGCUUUCGGUGAUGGAACCGUCUUUAUCGAACGAUUCUUGGACCGGCCUAGGCAUAUCGAGGUCCAGCUCUUGGCGGAUAGCUACAAUAACUGCGUUCACUUGUUUGAGCGUGAUUGUUCCGUCCAGCGACGACACCAGAAGGUCGUCGAGGUCGCCCCCGCCCCCCAUCUCGCUGAAGAGACCCGUCAGGCCAUCUUGAACGACGCCAUCAAGCUCGCCGAGGCCGUUCAGUACCGAAACGCCGGUACCGCCGAGUUCUUGGUCGACCAGCAGGGCAGGCACUACUUUAUCGAGAUCAACCCUAGGAUCCAGGUCGAACAUACCAUCACCGAGGAGAUCACCGGUAUCGACAUUGUCGCCGCUCAGAUCCAGAUCGCUGCCGGAGCUUCGUUGGCUUCUUUGGGCCUGACGCAGGACGCGAUUACCAAGAGAGGAUUUGCGAUCCAGUGUCGAAUCACGACCGAGGAUGCUGCGGCCAACUUCCAACCGGAUACCGGAAAGAUCGAGGUCUACCGAAGUGCGGGAGGGAACGGUGUCAGGUUGGACGCCAGUUCCGGAUUCGCUGGAGCGCAGAUUACCCCUCACUACGAUUCGCUUUUGGUCAAGUGUACCGUCCGAGGUACCACUUACGAAGUCGCGAGGAGGAAGACCCUGCGUGCGUUGGUCGAGUUCCGAAUUCGUGGUGUCAAGACCAACAUCCCCUUCUUGAUCCGUCUCCUGACCCACCCCGUAUUCGAGAGCGGAAAGACCUGGACCACAUUCAUCGACGACACUCCCGACUUGUUCAAACUCGUCACCAGUCAAAACCGAGCUCAAAAGCUCUUGGCCUACCUGGGGGACUUGGCCGUCAACGGAUCUUCCAUCAAGGGGCAAAGCGGAGAGCCCGGUUUGACCGAAGAAAUUCCCAUUCCCAAGCUGGCCGAUCCCAAGGACUCGAGCAAGGUUUUGGACACCUCGGUUCCCUGCCAGGUCGGUUGGAGGAACAUUAUCCAGGAGAAGGGACCCGCUGGAUUCGCCAAGGCCGUGCGAGACUAUAAGGGAUGUCUCAUCAUGGACACCACUUGGCGUGAUGCCCAUCAAUCGUUGUUGGCCACCCGACUCCGAACCGUCGACAUGGCCAACAUUGCCAAAGAGACCAGCCAUGCGCUAGCCAAUGCCUAUUCCUUGGAAUGUUGGGGUGGUGCCACCUUUGACGUUUCGAUGAGGUUCUUGUACGAGGACCCUUGGGAGCGACUGAGGACAUUGAGAAAGCUGGUCCCCAAUAUUCCCUUCCAAGCUCUCGUCCGAGGUGCCAACGCUGUCGGCUACACGUCUUACCCGGACAAUGCCAUCUACGACUUUUGCAAAAAGGCCGUCGAGAACGGACUCGACAUCUUCCGAGUGUUCGACUCGCUCAACUAUAUCGAUAACAUGAAGCUCGGAAUCGAUGCUGCCAAGAAGGCUGGAGGUGUCGUCGAGGCCGUUGUCUGUUACACCGGAGACGUUGCCGACCCCAAGAAGACCAAGUACGACCUGCAAUACUACCUCGACUUUGUCGAUCAGCUCGUUGCCGAGGGAAUUCACGUCUUGGCCAUUAAGGACAUGGCCGGACUGCUCAAGCCUCAGGCCGCUACCAUGCUCAUCGGUGCGAUCCGAAAGGCUCAUCCCGACCUCCCGAUCCACGUGCACUCCCACGAUACCGCUGGUAUGGCGGUUGCUUCCAUGUUGGCCUGUGCUGCCGCCGGUGCCGAUGUCGUGGACUGUGCGAUCGACAGCAUGAGCGGAUGCACCUCGCAACCCGCCAUGGGAGCCAUCUGUUCCGCUCUUGAGCAGACCGAGCUCGGGACUGGGAUCCGCUUCGAUGAUGUGCAGGCGCUCAACUUGUACUGGUCCCAGGUCAGGGCUCUCUAUAAGCCCUUCGAGGCCAUGUCCAUGUCGAGCGACUCGAGUGUAUUCGAGCACGAGAUGCCUGGAGGGCAAUUCUCGAACUUGUUCUUCCAGGCCGCCCAACUCGGUCUCGGAUCUCACUGGAACCAGGUCAAGAAGAACUACGCUCUCGCCAACCAGCUCUGCGGUGAUAUUGUCAAGGUUACCCCCAGUUCCAAGGUCGUCGGUGACUUGGCUCAAUUCAUGACCAGCAACAACUUGACCAAGGACGAUGUGUCUGAGCGAGCCGACAAGCUCGACUUCCCGGAAUCGGUCAUCGAGUUCUUCCAGGGUUACUUGGGUCAACCUCCCGGUGGAUUCCCCGAGCCUCUCAGGUCCAAGAUCAUCCGUGAUCGACCUAGGAUCGACACCCGUCCCGGUCUCAACAUGAAGCCCCUCGACUUCAAGAAGAUCAAGAGCGAGCUGAGGGAAAAGUUUGGCAAGAACAUUACCGACGUCGAUGUCGCCAGUUACUACAUGUACCCCAAGGUCUUUGAGGAGUUCCAGGGAUUCCUCGAAAAGUACGGGGAUCUGAGUGUCGUUCCUACUCGUCACUUCUUGGGCAAGCCCGUCAUCAACGAAGAGAUGAACAUCGAGAUUGAGGCUGGAAAGCUGCUCAUCGUCAAGCUGCUCGCCGUCGGAAAGAUCAACGAGAACACGGGUACCCGAGAGUGUUUCUUCGAGGUCAACGCCGAGACCCGUGUCGUCGUGAUCGAGGAUCGACAAGCUGCCGUUUCCAAGGUCUCCAGGGAGAAGGCUAGCAGUGAGCCCGGUAGCAUCGGAUCCCCGAUGGCCGGUGUCGUGGUCGAGGUCAGGGUCAAGGAGGGAUCCGAGGUCAAGGCCGGAGACCCCAUCUGCGUAUUGUCCGCCAUGAAGAUGGAAUCGGUCGUCUCCUGCCCCGUGUCCGGUCGCGUGAAGCGCAUCGGGGUUCAUGAGGGCGACUCGAUCUCCCAGGGUGAUCUCAUCGCCGAAAUCGUUUCCUAGAUCGUUCUUUUUCGUGUUUAGAAGGUUUAGAUAUUGGCUGUCUUUUGCGGAAAUGUAAUUAUAAGAAUUAGUUAGGAUACGAAUGAUCGGGAUUCGAUAGGACGUAUCUCUCAUCUCUUGAUCUCUCACUCAGUCAGUCACUUUGCGCAAAAUGACGCGUUUCCCCGAUUCGACGCGUCGCGACUCUCUUCUCGCUUCUCGAUCAGGACGUCAUAUGAUCGGGGGGAUAG